ACGUUUGCCUCCAUCCGUUGGCCUAUGAUCGUUCAACCCGAUACCCCAGACGACAUCAAGGUCGAGAAGAUCAAGAAAUUCGUCCUUUCUCCAUCCCACUCGGAAGGGCGACCAAACAAGCAGCGCGUGAAGGACGCGCUGCUUCGGUGGCAUCCAGAUAAGUUCCAGAGAGUUCUAGAGAAGGUAAAGCCUGGGGAAGUGGAAAAGGUCCUGCUGGGAGCGGAUUUAGUUGUCAAGCAUUUGAACGCAAUCAUGGAGAAG